GCCUGACGGUGCCAGGGUGGGGGGAGCGCCCCGCCCCCACCUCCGGAGGUGGCGCCCCACGCGGCCGCAACAAGCUGCCGUUGUCCCGCGGGCCGUGGGCCCAGCACACUGGGGCUUUGUCCGGCCCCGCCACGACCACGGGGGGGCCCCACAUGACCGAGGGGGUAGGAGGAGCCUGCGGCGGUGGCGGCGGCGGCGGCGGCGGCUCCUUCGUUUCCCUCCAGGGCCGGGGGUCGGCGGGCGGUGGCGGCGGCGGCGGCGGGACCAGGUUGGGUAGGGCCGCGGACGCCAGGCCCCCGGUUCCCCGUCAGGCUGCAGGCUCCGGGCCCGGGCCAGCAGGGCAGCUGUGACCCGAGCGCUUUCCGGGCGGCGAGCUGGGGGUGCGCCCCGACCCCCGCCCCCAGGAUCAUGGGAAAUGGCAUGACCAAGGUACUUCCUGGACUCUACCUCGGAAACUUCAUUGAUGCCAAAGACCCGGAUCAGCUGGGCCGGAAUAAGAUCACACACAUCAUCUCUAUUCACGAGUCACCCCAGCCUCUUCUGCAGGAUAUCACCUACCUUCGCAUCCCGGUGGCUGACACCCCUGAAGUACCCAUCAAAAAGCACUUCAAAGAAUGUAUCAGCUUCAUCCACUGUUGCCGGCUCAAUGGGGGGAACUGCCUUGUGCACUGCUUUGCAGGCAUCUCCCGMAGUACCACCAUUGUGACAGCAUAUGUGAUGACGGUGACGGGGCUGGGCUGGAGGGAAGUGCUUGAAGCCAUCAAGGCCACCCGGCCCAUCGCCAACCCCAACCCAGGCUUCAGGCAGCAGCUGGAGGAGUUUGGCUGGGGAAACUCCCGGAAGCUCCGCCGGCAGCUGGAGGAGCGCUUYGGGGAGAGCCCGUUCCGCGACGAGGAGGACGUGCGCGCGCUGCUGCCGCUGUGCAAGCGCUGCCGCCAGGGCUCCGCCACCUCGGCCGCCUCGGCCGCCCCGACCCCGCCGCACUCGUCAGCCUCGGACGGGACCCUGCAGCGCCUGGUGCCGCGCACGACGCGGGACGCCCACCGGUCGCUGCCGCUGCUGGCGCGCGUCAAGCAGACUUUCUCUUGCCUCCCGCGGUGUCUGUCCCGCAAGGGCAGCAAGUGAGGACCCCACCCCAAGCGGCUCCCCUCGGCCUCCCGCUCCGCCCCUUCGGGGGCUGUCUGGGCCCCCCACCGUCAGGACGGGCCCCGAGGCUGUGGGAGCCCCGCCGAGGCCCGAUCCCUGCCCCCACGCCCACCUCGCCAGUCUGCGUCCGCGGUCAGUGUGUCCUCCCUCUGUGCGUCUGUGUCCGGGCCGGCCAGCUGCAGCCACCUGGUGCCUUAGUCCUUGGGCUGGGGGAGGGCCCCGGCUUCCACCCGUAGUGGCGGCGGGAGCGGGAAGUGGGUAGGGUAGGGGUGGACGGGGCUGGAGGGACAUUAAAGAGACACGAAAG